AUGGCGAGUUCUCCGUCUCGCAAGCGCUCUUGCGAUGAUAGCCUUGAGCAAGCUCAGAUCAAGCGUCCGCGCAGACUUGAUGCCACUCUCGGCCUGACGCCUGAAACUCCUCCACCUCUCGUACUUUUAGAUGUACCCCACCUGCAGCAUAUAUGGGACGACAUGUCCCAUGGUACAUUAUUUGAGCUCGCCAGGCUCGCCAUCAUGCACCAAAUCGACUUGUCAAGGAUCCCUGAGGGACGACUAAAACCUCUGAUAGGGAGCAAUUCGGCGACUGUCAACAAUAUAUGGGAUGUACUUGGCAUCAAUCCAUCUCGCGUUCUCUGUGCUACGGCCGCACAAGUUCUUGACUGGGAGGCGGCCGCGCAUAUCCAAGGAGACGGUUCAACAUUGGAAACUUCAGACGAAAUAGAUCCUCCCAGAGCCAAGAGUGGAAGGGUCGCCUUCACCGCGUCACUUCCCAUGUCCGCGAUCACUACUCGAGGUUCAACGCAUCCUGUCGAAGCUCCCAUCACCCUUCACUUACCAAAGGUUGGACCAUCUUGCUUAUUCACCCGCGUAUUCGGCUCUCAUAGAUUUCUGCGAGUGAAAGUUGUCGAUCGUAUCAAACUCAGGGACCGUGACUGCGAAGCCCUGUGGGAGAUGGCGCUACGGCCGAUUUCGUUAUUGGGAAGAGUAUAUCUUCCACUAGUGGAGAAAAAUGACACCAUUUGGUACUAUAUGGAGGGCUUAGAUCGCCUUGGGAAGCAUGCCGAAACCUUACAUCGUGGCAGACGGGGUAGCUACGGUUUAGGAAGGAUUAUUCCUAAUUCUGUAGCGCUAAUUGGGUGGUGGACGCCUUUCUCCUUCAACAAGGAGCAACCUAUAUGCAAGUUAGCCACAAGACUGCAUCUCGGAGUGAGUGAUACUAGCCCUGGGCCGUUGGUGGAGAUGAUAUAUGUCGAGGACGACAUAAAAAGAGAUGGAUACGUCUUCACCGACGGUUCGGGUGAGGUAUCUGGGCCUUUACUCCGCAGAUUUAGAGCAAAAUGUCCACAAGCUCGAAACGAGGCCUCUGCCUAUCAAAUCAGAAUCAGUACAGCCAAAGGCAUCGUUCAAGUUGCAGAGAGCCCUGAUGUGCACCGUCCACCGCAGUGGAUGAAGGUCACUCGGUCAAUGAUCAAAGCAAAGCACGGGGAGGGGAAACUACCCCGAGAUGGACCUCUACUCCUCAAUGGUUUCCGGAUCCUAGACGCAGCCCACUUUGUUGUCUGCAUCGUCCAAGAUGCUUCAUGGCGAUAUCCAGCUCAGCUAUCAAAACAAUUGAUCCCCAUCCUUCAUCAUCAAGGCGUACCGGUAGAAAUGUUAGCGACUUUCCUGGAAAAGGACAUAUCAGAGACUAUGCUUUCCCUAAAACUUCAGCCACCACCAAGAGCGGGUGAGUCACCGGCAGCAGUUUUGGGACUCGCAAAAGCGGUGCAACGUCACGGAAAUCUUAUUCACCGAGCCCUUAUGGACGACCCAUAUGGUCGUCGUCCCAGUCACAGAAUGAAGUCGAUUGAGAGCGACGAACCGUGGACUUUGGAGGACAUCCUUCCAAGUGAGGACGAGGAAGGAGAGGGUACAGUGUAUUCAUAUGCGAACUCCGUCCUCUACGAAGUCCAGCAACUCUAUCUUGCCAUCAUUGUGGGCUUCAACAUUUCUUCAUCCAACUACUUUCUACAAUGCUGGAAAAGGCUCCUCAAGCGCGCAUUAAGGAAGAGCUCCAUCGAUUUCAGGAUCUCAUUCAGCAGUUCAGCAUAUUGCAUGCUUGUACCAGAUUUCUCGGGUCAAUUACCCGAAGGUUACAUCUCGUUCACACCUCCAGAGAUAGUUUAUGAUGGCGACAAUCGAGCCGUUGAUUUCACGAAGGGAGAAGUUCUGAUAGGCAGGCAUCCUGCCCUUCUACCGACUGACAUCCAGAAGGUUCGACUAGCAAAUAUCACUAGCCUGAAACAGAAACGAGGUCUCAUCAUCUGCUCAACACAAGGCUCUCGGCCCUUGGCCGAUCUGCUCUCUGGUGGAGAUUAUGACGGUGACGAGGCAAUCAUCAUCUGGGAUCGAAACGUCGUCAACGCAUUUCAGAAUGCUGACACGCAGCUUUCUUUCAAGCCAGCCGAGGUGGAUGCGAGCUUCGUUAAAGAUUCACAAACGAUCCAAGACCUAUGCCACAAGAUUGAAUCCAUGAGCGAGGACCAAGAACGGGCAACGAUUGCAGAACACUUUCUGGAAUCACUCAAAAUGCCUCUGAUCCACGGAAUCUACAAUUCGUACUACCUCAAGGCUAUUGACAAGUUUGGUUUCGACUCCUUAGACGCACGGAUACUCGCCCACAAGUCAAACAUGCUGCUUGAUGCCCCUAAAACGUCGAUGCGCUUAUUGGAGGAAGUUAAAUCCGCCGAUGAAAAGAAAUACGGGAUACUGCCCAGGCCGUAUUGGAAGAGGAGGCUCGACUCUUAUAAAAAAUCCGGAGAACAUUGGGAUGACGGGCCUCUUCCAACCGCUCAAAACAACCCGCUUGACAUCUUGCACGACAGAGGUCACGCGUUUGCAGAAGAAGAGCACCGUAGAAAAUUGCUCCAACCGUGGCAAAAAGCAGAGCAGUGGGCGAGGGGGGAUCCAGAUCGAGAACGCGAAUUGGACGUCAUCAGGAACGUUGUCAAUGAAUACACAGCGGAAUUUACAAAGCUCCCAUCGAUGAAAACGGACUACAAGGCCUAUCAAGCGAAGCUCUUCGAUCUCGCACGACGAUUUGCGACCAGCCCCACGGAGAGUGAGGUCCCUCAGUUGAUGGGAAUAACCGACGAUGGGGUUCAAAAGGCUAAGGCGUCACUUGCAUACAAACAAGAUUGCCAAUACAUUCGUGGUGGCUCGACAAGCGGCUUUCCUUGGAAGGUUGCAUCUCUUAUCCUCCUGAGUAUCCUUGCCGAGGGAUCCUCCGUCAAGAUAUCCUUCCCUCGCCUCGCUCGCCUCACACCACACUCUUCCUUUGUAUCAUAA